UUGUCAUAAUAUCAUAAAUUUUAUGACGGUUUAAAAUAUUUUGUUGUUGCUUGCUACGUGAAUUGUGUACUAAUGAAAUACAACUCUGCACGGUAUGUUUUUGGGUUGUCGUAUCUAAUCAGCUGUCUUUUGUUUACCUUUUCAUUUCGCAUUUUACUUUUGCCAUUUUCAUUCUGCUGCUGCGUAAAUUUGUUAAUUUUACAAAGAAAUGCAGCAAGGAGAAAAUAUCCAGCCAAAGGCAAAACGUGUGCGACUUAAUCCGACCAAGAAAUGGACAGUGGCGGAAGAAAAGGCACUAGUAGAAUUUUUGAUGGGCAACAGAAAUUUUGAAAAACCAACAGCGCAAUCAUAUUAUAGACGGUUCGCGGAAGAGGCGAACAUCGCUGUAGAGUGGAAGUUGAUACGUGCGAAGGUGAGAAAUAUGAGGUUGAGCUAUAAUAAAGCCAAAGCAUGGGAAGGUUCGACUGGCGCUGGCAGCAUGGAAGGGGAGACAUUAAAAGCUACUUUGCUAAAAAAGUGCACUUGUUACUAUGAACUAGACGAAGUUUUUGGUGGCAGAAUAGUGGAAGCGGCAAUAAUUGAAGAGAGCUUGGACUCUGCCUCGAGCAAUGAUAUUUUUAAUUCAACGAUAAUUGAAAUAGAAGAAGGCUCCACGUCCGCAACCUAUGGAGUGGUGGAAAGUGCAGAGCCGCCAAGUGCAGAGCCGCCAAGUCGCAGAGGCAUAUAUUCGCGGACAGCUGUGUCGGAUAUAAGAGAAAUUUACUCGGAGACCUUAAAGUUGAAAAGGGAGAAAAUAGAAAAUGAAAGUACAUUAAGGGAGAGAGAAGUAUAUAUUAAAGAGAGGGAAUUGGCUCUGAAAGAAAAAGAAAUUGAUUUAAAAGUUAAGGAAUUGGAAAUGAAAGAACGGUUGGCAAUGGAGGAGCUUAGAUUGAAGUAUAAAUGAAUUCGAAGUGAUUUGCCUGCCAUUUAAAAGCAGAGGGAAUAAAAUGUUCAUAAAAUUCUGCUUACCAUUUUUAACUAAACUAAAUACAUACACCAGUGUGCGUACGCAGGUAUCCACUUUUGUUUAACUUAACUAUUUCUAUCUCAAAAGCACAAACAAAUUUGUAUGAAUAUUUCGCUUUUUUGAUUUGCAUAACACUGCUUAUACGUACAACUUCAAGUACUUUUUUUAUUUACCAGUAUAUUAAUUUGAAUUCAGGCUUUUUAUUUCAUUUACAUUUCAUAAAUAAUUUGUAUUAGUUUACGUUUAUACCAGAGUUCUCAAAUAUAUAAAAUUAAUCGUUUGUUUGGUUUUGUAUAAAGUGCAAUAAGGCAGCUGUAGUGUUGCUUGGAGGUGGAUAUUAAGUUCAGAUGAUAGAAUGUCACUGCUACUUUCUUUUUCUGAAUAUUCUAUUAAAAUAUUGUGCAAGAUGCAGCACACCAUUAUCCAUUCAUUGCAGUGCUUUUUAUUUUGAUCGGUAAGCAUUCUGAAUUUAAGUUCUUUUAAACUACCAAAUUUUUCCUUUAACAACCCAAAGCAAUUCUCAAUCCUCACACGAUAUUUGGAAAAGUAUUUGUUGAAUAGAUCUCUCUCUCUCUUGUAUACUCGGUACUAUUUUGUCGGAAUGGUGUAAUUAUAAACGGUUUCAGUGGAUAAGCGCUAUCGGCAGCGAUCCACUGAGAAGGAACUAAGAAGCGUUCGGGAUGUUUAGAAAGUGGGCAGCCAAAAACAUUUUUGCGUCGUGAACGCUGCCCGGGUAGCCUACUGUGACUUGCCUUAUUCGCAACUUUAGUCGCAGACAGCUUGCAUUUUAAUGCAAUACUGGCGUUUCCGAGAGAAGUAGAGCUCAUGUUUCUUAACAGGUGCUUCGGCCAGUCUAAUUUCUGAGCCGUCGAUAUAGCCUAUGCAACCUGGCAUCUCAUUCCUCGUGGCAGACACAAUUUGCAGUCUUUCGAAUUCACUUGGCCAAUUCAAAAACUUGCUUUUCAAAGAUAAUAUCGCUUUAAAAACUCGUUAUGUCACAUUCUGAAUUGUGCCACCAUCGCCUACGCCAAAAAGAGA